AUGUCAUCUACUAUCUUCAGACGCGCGUUAUUCCCACGCGCCACCACAACAACCUUUUCGUUCUCCUCUAUUUCUUCCUCCGCCCACGCCAGUCCUUCGCCUCCCUCCACCUCCUCCGUAGCCACCGCUGUAUCAAUUCUAACCCAUCACCGCUCCAAAUCCCGGUGGUCCGCCCUCCUCUCCCUGUUCCCUCACGGGUUCACUCCACCACAAACAUCCCAAAUCCUCCUCGGAAUCCGCAACAAUCCCCACCUUUCCCUCCGCUUCUUCCUCUUCACCACACGCCACUCCCUCUCCUCCCUCCAUUCCUACGCCACCAUCAUCCACAUUUUAGCUCGUGGUCGCCACAAAACUCGCGCCAAAACCCUGAUUAAGUCGGCAAUUAGGGAAUUUGAUUUAUUGGGUGCUGAUGACUCUCAAGUAUUUUCUGGUAAGAAGUGUAAAGUUUUUAGGGCAUUGGCUGAAACUUACAGGGUAUGUGAUUCUGCCCCCUUUGUAUUUGAUUUGUUGAUUCUAUCCCUUCUGGAAAUGAAUAAAUUAGACCCUUGUAUUGAUAUUGUUAGGAUGCUGCAUAGUCGUGCUAUAUACAUCAAUGCUAGUACUUGUAUUGACUUGAUCGUCUCCGCCUCGAAAAUUCGAGGUUGUUUCUUUGGAUAUGAUGUGUAUAGAGAGGUAUUUGGGUAUGAUGAUAGUGGUUUUGUUGAUCAUGAUAAGAAGGUUAAUUGUAAAUUAGUGCCAAAUGUUCACAUUUUUAAUGAACUAAUGCUUUCGUUUCAUCGAAAUGGAUUGCUUGAUAUGGUGGAAGAGGUUUGGAUUGAGAUGGUUAAAUCGAAUUGUGAACCAAACUCUUAUAGCUAUAGCAUUUUGAUGGCGGCAUAUUGCGAGGAUAAUGAUAUGGAGAAGGCUGAGAAAGUGUGGGAAGAGUUGAGAGGGAAGGGGUUGAAUCCUGAUAUUGUUGGUUACAAUACAUUGAUAGGUGGGUAUUGUAGAAUUGGGGAGGUUAGAAAGGGUGAGGAGCUUUACAAAGAGAUGGGAUUACGCGGCUUGAAUGGUUCUUUUGUUACUUAUGAACAUCUUAUAGGUGGUUAUUGUUUGUGUGGUGAUUAUGAUUCUGCAAUGUUGUUGUAUAAUGAUAUGCGUAGGAAGGGGUUUAACCCUAAUAGUUUGAUAGUUGAUUCUUUGGUUAGAAUACUUUGUGGUAAGAGGUCAGUAUCGGAAGGUUUAGAAUUCUUCAGGGUUGCUAUGAAAAAUGCUGAUUUUGUUGUGAGUGAAUCAAGCUAUCAGUUGCUGAUAGAGGGUUUGUGUGAUGAGGGAAUGAUGAAGGAAGCAUUGACACUUCAGGCACAAAUGGCAGGGAAAGGGUUCAAACCCAAUUCACAAAUAUAUGAUGCUUUCAUUGAUGGUUAUAUGAAGAUAGGAAAUACAGAUGAAGCAGAAAAUCUGAGGAAAGAGAUGAUGGAUAAGUAA